UGAACAUUCCCUUUGACUGAAUCCCUAAUUCAAGAACCAAGCAUCCCUUCUCAAUUUUUAUCGAUCUCAGUAUCUUCUUUCAUGGAAUUGAUGAAGAUUUUGGGGGAAACGAGCUUUUCAAAUUGAUGAUUAGCCUAUAUCUCGAUAUUUUACAAUUACCUACUCAUUCUUGAUCGAAUUCGUCGGAAUAAGCCGCCAUGGCUAUUCGGUUCACCGUCAACUACUCGGCGUCCGUCGCCUCCCACAUGACGGCUUCCUGCGCCGCCUCCGGCAAAUUCGUCGCAUCCCACUUCAUCGAUGACUGCAUACAACGCUCCCGCAUCUUUCAGCACUCUCCCGACUCCAAUUACUCCGACUUCCGCCGCACUAAAUGGAAGAGAAAUCCGAUCAGCCCUACUUCCGCCAAACUGGCCGGCGAGAUUCUGGGAGGAGAUUCCCAGUCGCCGCUGAUGGUCGGAUUAAUGUCGCUGGUGAUGCAGUCAAUGGGGACUUCUUCGACCUCAGGCGUUAUGAGUAUUUCGCCGCUGAAGGCGUCGUCGGCAAUUUCCUUUUUCCGGCUUUCUAAGUGGUUUCCAUGUAAUGAACCUUCUCUGGAUAGAGGAGGAACCUUCGCUUCCAGCAGCGGUGAAGCAGCAGUCACGGCAAAGAGUGUUGGUGGAUUGAAUGGAUUAGCGGCGGCCAGCGGUGAAGCAGCAGCCAAGGCAAAGAGUCUCGGUGGUUUGAAUGGAUUAGCGGCGGCCAGUGGUGAAGCAGCAGACAAGCCAAAGAGUCUCGGUGGUUUGAAUGGAUUAGCGGCGGAUGGCAGCGAUAUUGCUCGAAAUUUGGGCGUUUCACCGGAGACGAUUUCUGAUGGUGGUAGUAAUAGUUGGUUGUUCAAAUUGAAGAAUUUGGGCUUCACCUCGGAAGAUGCCAAGGCCACUUUUACUGCUUUAAGCAUUCGGAUUCUGUUUAAGUCAACUUUGGCCGAGCCUAGGUCUAUUCCCACCACUUCAAUGUGCCCUACCCUUGAUGUGGGUGAUCGGAUUCUAGCAGAAAAGGUCUCUUAUAUAUUCAAGAAGCCCGAAGUCUCAGAUAUUGUGAUUUUUAAAGCUCCUUCGAUUCUCCAGGAAAUUGGUUUUAGUUCGUCUGAUGUGUUCAUCAAAAGAAUUGUAGCAAAAGCUGGUGACUAUGUAGAGGUUCGUGAUGGGAAAUUGUUGGUAAAUGGAAUUGCUCAAAAUGAAGAAUUCAUAUUGGAACCUCUUCAGUAUGAAAUGGAUCCAGUGCUUGUACCAGAAGGCUAUGUGUUUGUGCUGGGAGACAAUAGGAAUAACAGCUUUGAUUCUCAUAACUGGGGUCCGUUGCCUAUUGAAAACAUUGUUGGUAGAUCAGUCUUCCGGUAUUGGCCUCCUUCUAAAGUUUCUGAUACAAUGUACGAUGCAUCUCAGAGGGGGAGUGCUGUUGCAUGUUCUUGAUGCGUUGCCUUCUGGUUUAUUCAGAUGGUUUAUCUAAUCUGUUCUUGUACACGCACAUAUCAGUACCAGUAAAAAUCUGCCAGAUAACGAGACUAGCAAGAGCCUUUGAAGAUGGCAACUGUCAAAUUUGUUCCAUUUCAACGGCUGCAUCGAUGGAUCUUCCUUUUGAAGAAUCAAUUGUUACAAAUGGCUGAUAUUAAUACAUGCUAAUAUUGUUUUAAUUUCAUUCAUCUAUUUUUGUGAACUUGUUGGAUUCUUAGUUUUUUUUAAUUCAUUUCCUAGUGUCUUAUAGAUAGCUCCUCCGUCAUGGGGUGAAGUCAUGAAUAAAAGUAGGGGCUCCUAACUAGCCCGCUACUAAGUGAACAAUGGAGAUAGUUUACAUGCUAUAUUUGUAACGUUUUAAGCUCUGUCUUAUAAAUCACUAUAGGAUCAAAGUUUGAGCUAUAUA